AUGGAUUCUGAAUUAAUGCACAGUAUAGUCGGAAGCUAUCUUAAACCUCCAGAAAGAGUGUGUGUUCCAUCAGUCACUCAGAGUGAUGAAUCAUCUCAGACUCACUACUCUGUGAACUUAGAAGUUACAUCUUCUAAAAUGCUUCAUAGUCCAAAUAGCCAAGCUCUUAUUUUAGCAUUAAAAACUCUUCAGGAAAAGAUUCAUCGUUUAGAGUUAGAGAGAACACAAGCUGAAGAUAACCUGAACAUUCUUUCCAGAGAAGCGGCACAAUAUAAAAAGGCCUUGGAGAAUGAAACAAGUGAGAGAAAUCUGGCACACGAGGAACUGAUAAAGCAGAAAAAAGAUAUAAGUAUGCAGUUAAGGUCAGCCCAGUCUCGCUGCAUCCUCCUAGAGAAGCAACUAGAAUAUACAAAGAGAAUGGUUCUCAAUGUAGAACGAGAGAAGAAUAUGAUCCUAGAACAACAGGCCCAGCUUCAAAGGGAAAAAGAACAGGAUCAUAUGAAGCUUCAUGCAAAACUUGAAAAGCUUGAUGUCUUAGAAAAAGAAUGUUUUAAACUUACAGCAACUCAGAAAACUGCUGAGGACAAGAUUAAACAUUUAGAGGAAAAACUAAAGGAAGAAGAACAUCAGCGUAAACUCUUUCAAGAUAAAGCUUCUCAGCUUCAAACUGGACUUGAAAUCAGUAGAAUUUUAAUGUCUUCAGUAACAAAUCCAAGGCACUUCAAGGAAAAGAAGAAAUCUUCAAAGAAAACUAAAUGUUUAAAGAGAGGACCACCUCAGCAAAUUUGUUCAAAAUUUGGAACACUGCCUAUUAUGGCUGAGAAGUCUGCCAGUGCAAGCCAUUCUGCGAAUGCAAGUACACAAAACCUCCAAACAGUGCAACAUUCUGGACCACGUAUCCUUCAGAAACCAGCUGAAGUUACUGAGCUUAGAUGUCUCUACAAGCCUUCUAGAACAACUUCUCAAUGUAAAGCUGUACCUUCUGACUCAGAAAAGUCCAUUUCUAUUUGCAACAAUUUGUCUGAACUUUUGAUGGCAAUGCAAGAUGAGCUGGACCAAAUGACUAUGGAGUACCAGGACCUGCUGAAUCAAAUGAAAGAAACUGAAAGCCAAUCAGUCUGUGAAGAUAUAGAAUGUGAACUAGAGCGUUUAGUCAAGAAAAUGGAAAUUAAAGGAGAACAAAUUUCCAAACUAAUGCAGCAUCAAGAUAGCGUCCGCAAACUACAACAAAAAGUUCAGAAUUCAAAGAUGAGUGAAACUUCAGCUAUUCAGCAAGAAGACAGCAACUGUAAAGGAACAAAGAAUAUAAAAAAUAGCUCCAGAAAAUGUUUGCUAACUAACUCUCUUCAAAAGAACAGCAACUGUCGUCCAAUACGAGUCCAUAAUCUUCAGAUGAAAUUGAGACGAGAUGAUAUUAUGUGGGAACAGUAA